AACUGUUGUACAGAAACAUCAGCAUGUUUUGCAGUCCACACAGUAGGUGGACUGGAGGGCAGACACUCAUACACCUUUAAACUGUGAUAAGGAGCAUAUUAUUACCCCGCUGGUGGCCUAGUCAGAUAAGUUGUUUGUGGAGGACAGUCUGCGCUUCUUUCAAGCUCUCAUUCUGCUGCACCAGUAACAGAUUACAUUCCCAAGGAAAUCAGCCGCUUCUUAUUUGAAACUGCAAAGAGCGAUGGACAGCUUAGGGAGAGACCACGAUUAUUCCAACACUUCUCUGCCUUCCUCCACAGCCCACGAGGAGAACGCUGAGCCAGGUUCCACCAUGUUGCGCCGCUUGAGAGACCGGGAGCUGCUCCGGAAGAGAAAGGCAGAAGCCGAGGAGAAGGAUUCAAUUCAGUGGGCUCUGGGGGAGCACGAGAGAAGCAAACGGCAGAGGAGAAGCCACGGUGCCAGGCGAGGAAAGGGCCGUGCGCAUGUCAUGGCGCCCGCACCACAGCCAAAACCACAGCCAAACCCUCAGCCCCCAAAGAAGGAGGAAGCUGAGAUGGUGUCCUCCACGGCGAUGCAGCAGGCCGAGUCUUCCCAGAUGGACAUGCAGGACCUGUUUGCUGGUGUGCAGCUGGCAGAUCUGGAAGGGAUACUGGCCUCGGGGAGCCAGAGUCCCCUGGGUGAAGAGGAUAUGCUGAAGCUGGCAGAUGAAAUACAAGAGGUACUGAAUACUUCGCUGGAAAGGAACGAAUCAGAUAAUGACAUGUAUUCAUCAAGCCUAUUUUGAAGUUUUAUUUAAAUAUAUAUAUAUAUAUUCU